CGGCUGUGGGUCAGAUGGCGGUGCUUCAUUGGUGCGUUGGCACGAUUCAGCACCAAGACAAUCUCUCACAUUGGGAGUGCCCCUCCGCAGUUCACGUGCUUGGCUGCGGCUAGUUACAUAACCUACUCACCUACCCAACUGCCAUUCAAUUAUCGUUUCCUUUUGCAACCUUCCUCCACUCCCCAGUUCUUCUUGACGGACCCCCUACGUCCUCGUAUAUUUAUCCAAGGCGACCAAUUGAUCCUCUGCUCAACAUGGCUGCUCCCGCCGCCACAGGACACGAGCUCAAGCUCGAUCCCAAAUACGACGACUACGAUUUCCCCACCACGGCACCUGUGGCCCAGAACGGGCAUCCUGGACAUACGACUCCUGAGCAGGAUGCCCAGGUGCAUCAGCUGAGGAGCAUGCUCGAGGCGGAGGGAUACACAAAGAAUUUGGACACCUUGACUAUGCUGCGAUUCUUGCGUGCGAGGAAGUUCAACGUGGAGCUUUCCAAGCAGAUGUUCAUCAACACCGAGAAAUGGAGGGCCUCGUACGCGACUGUCGGUGUAGAGGAACUGGUCCGUACGUUCGACUACAAAGAGCGACCCCAGAUCAUGCAAUACUACCCUCAAUACUAUCACAAGAUUGACAAAGAUGGCCGUCCCCUUUACAUCGAACAGCUUGGCAAGGUCGAUUUCGCAGCUCUGGAGAAAAUCACAACCCAAGAACGUAUGGUCCAGAACCUCGUGUGCGAAUAUGAGAAGAUGACCGACCCCCGUCUCCCUGCUUGCUCUCGCAAGUCCGGCUACCUCCUUGAGACAUCGUGCACGAUUAUGGACCUCAAGGGCGUCGGCGUUGCCAAAGCCAGUCAGGUCUACGGCUACGUGCAGACUGUUAGUGGCAUCUCACAAAACCAUUACCCUGAACGACUUGGCAAAAUGUACAUCAUCAACGCACCGUGGGGUUUCUCAGCCGUGUGGAGCUUCGUGAAGAAGUUUCUCGAUCCGGUUACCGUCCAGAAGAUCCACAUCUUGGGUGGUGGAUACGAGAAGGAGCUGUUAGCUCAGAUACCUGCGGAGAAUCUUCCCAAGCAAUUUGGUGGCAAAUGCGAAUGCCCUGGUGGCUGCGAAUUGAGCGACGCCGGUCCAUGGGACGACCCGGCGCUGGUUCGCCCACCCAAGUGGGCUAAGAAGGCGGAUGACAAGGAUGCUAUUGACAACACAAAGCUCCCUGCCCCGACCGAAGAGUCUGCAGCACCUGUAGCUGCUCCUGCUCCUGCUGCUGGCACCGAUCCUGCUGCCGCUCCUGCCGCUGCUCCAGCGACGUCGUAG